GGAUGAAGAAGAUGAGCUACGAGAAGCUCUGAGGAAGCUUCCAGAAUCCAUGGCCAUGGAGGACAAAGACAGGCCCCAGAAAGACCUGAAGGAUAUGAAGAUCUUUGGGGGGAGGUUUCCUCAGGUGAAAUCAGAGGUUGAGGGGCGCAUCAGGAGGCUCCGGGCCCUCGCAGAGGAGGUCAGCAAGGUGCACAAGGACUGCACCAUCUCCAGCAUUGUGGCCAACUCCACAGCUGUUGCCUCUGGACUCAUGACCCUCAGUGGUCUUGCUCUGGCACCUUUCACAGCAGGACUCAGUCUGGGGCUGUCUCUGGGUGGGAUAGGGCUGGGAGCAGCAGCUUCGGUGACCAGUGCUGCCACCAGCAUUGUGGAAGAAACAAAUAUAUUAUCCGUCAGAGAUGAAGCCAGCAACCUGGUGUCAGUCAGCCUGGAGACACUGAAUGAUUAUUUAGUGGCUGCGGCUAAGACCGCACCUACAGUUGUAUUGGCAUCUGAUGAGUUUCUCCAGAGCCUGACAAAGCUGGGGAAACACAUCUGUGCCUUCAGACAGGCCAGAGCCAACCCUCAG